AUGCUCUCCACCGUUCGCCGGCACAGCCUCCGCCUGCAGACCGAGCUCCACCGCUGGAGCAUCUGCGACCCGGGCAACCACCUGCUCCCGGACCGCCUGCUGGCGCGCGUGCCCGCCUGCAUCUCCCGCUCCAUGUCCUGCACCAGCUCCGCGGGCGAGUCGGACUGCAGCCGCGGCAGCUGGUCGUCCUCGGACUCGGUCAUCUCCACCGACUCCAGCGGCGAGGCGGCGCCCGCCGGGAGCCCGUACCGGGUGGUGCUGCUGGGGGCCAGUGGGGUCGGGAAGACGGCCUUCGCCAGCAUCUUCGCCGGAGCGGCGGACAGCAUGGACAGCGACGACUGCGAGCUGUGCGGAGAUGAGGCGAGUGAACGGCUGAUUGAGGUGGAUGGAGAAGCUGCAGCUGUGACUCUGCUGGACACGUGGGAUGCAGAGACCGACGGGGAGUGGGCCCAGGACUGCUACAUGCAGACGGGUGACGCCUACCUGUUGCUCUACUCCAUAACGGACCGGGCCUCGUUCCUGCGCGCCUCCGAGCUCCGGAUAAGCCUGCGCCGCUUCCGCCCGGCGCAGCACACGCCCAUCAUCCUGGUGGGGAACAAGUGUGACCUGGUGCGACGGCGAGAGGUGUCAGUCAGUGAGGGCCGCGCCUGCGCCGCCGUCUUCGACUGCAAGUUCAUCGAGACCUCGGCCGCCAUGCAGCACAACGUGUGGGAGUCCUUCCGCGGCAUCGUGCGCCAGCUGCGCCUGCGCCGGGACUCCAAGGAGGCCAACGAGCGCCGCAGGCACGUCCGCGGCAGCGCGCGGCGCCAGAGCAUCCCCGUGAAGGCCAAGCGCUUCCUGGACAGGGUCGUGGCCAGGAACAACCCCAGCGUGGCCUUCUGGCUGAAGUCCAAGUCCUGCCACGACCUCUCCGUGCUGUAGAGUCUACAGGAUGCGAGCACUCACCCACUUUGAGUAGCUGGAUCCACGCGAGCGGGGGCCACGCUGAGGGGUCCGAUUCUGGCCGCCGGUGCUCACACAGGAAGGACCGGGCUCCGAGCUGAUGGACGCGAUGCCGGGGGGACCCCACCGAGCUCACUUUGUCAGCUGUUGUGAUGGAGCGGAUCAAUGAAGGGACUUUUCUGCCUCUUGGACGUUUGUCUGUGGCAGAAAUGGAGGAUAGAGAUGAACCCAUUGAGACGAGAGAAGGAUGUGAUGUUUUCAGUGUUUUGAACAAAGACAUUCAUAUUAACCUUCUCUCUUCUGUCGUCCUUUUGCUCUCAUCCCCGAUUCCCAGCAGUUCUAAGCUAUUGAUGAUUAUUUCUGUUUGUCUUUAUUAUAUUCGGUACAAUUUAGUGACCUUCUCAUUAUUUAUAGUACAGCAUGUUGUUUUUUGACCUUAUUGUAAAUAAAGGGUGGACUGAAUGCGUUUUGCUACUCGAGGGUGGCUUCAGUGUUACUCGAUGAAAUAAAGUGACAUCAUCUGA